UUCAACGUGCCUGUCCUUGCCACCACUGCCAGUGCGUGCUGAUCGCGCCAGAUUGAGUUCCGAGACCGGGGGCCAUUUCCCUUGUCAAUAAUAUGUUAAGAGACAUCAUUAGGACUGGAUGUUGCAACCGUGAUUUACAGUUAGGUGUACAAAUUGUAGGAAAGCGCAUGUCCGGCCCCUGGCACGCAAGAACCGAAGGACGUUUGUAUCUUGCGUAUUUCAUUCUCGUGCCCCAGCUCCACACCUUCACUCUUACAUCGGGUUGGAGUUCCUAGAUUUUGAAGAAAAAGAACUGCAACCGUGCGACGUGCGAAGCCCUCUUGGCAAAAAAGUUCGCGCAUCCGUCGGCAUGCACACUUCCGUGCCCAACUCGCCUGCAUACUUAUUAUCUUGCCUACCGCCUCGAUUCGGUUUGGGCCGCGCACAUGCAGCUCUGGCUUUUACGCGCAGAACGCCAUGGCCUGUGAAGCGCGGUGAUGCAUCAGCGAUGGAGCGUAUCUCGGCGUCUUGCGGAUCUGGAAACAGUGGCAAGCUUGCAAGCUCGGGCGCGCGGCGCAGAGUCCCAGCGCGUCAGACCUCGGGCCAUGGCUCGGUUGGACCCCUGAGCUCGGCCUCAGGCCGGCAUCAAUCUCACGCGCCAAGCUACACAGCACCGCAAGUGCAAUGGGCUGGCUCAGAGGAUCGCGCAGGCUGGGGCAGCCGUUCGUUGCCGCAUGGCGACGCGCCGCAGCGGCACAUUGCGCGUGCUGCAGCGGCUGGGCACAGCCACAAUGGACACGAACACAAACAUGACCAUCACCAUCAGCAUGGUCAUGCAGCACCGGCCGUUCAUGCGCACGGUCCAGGGAGUCACGAGGAUGAGCAUGAGCACGGGCGCGGACAUUCCCACGCGCAUCGAGGCCACGACCACAGCCACCACGACCACCAUGGCCACGGCCACGACCAUUACCCAGACAACUGGGCCACACGCGCCAUGCGGGCAGUGGGGCUGGUGCAGCUAGCAUCACGCAUCGAGCACUCGGGGCGAAUGGCGGUGGCCUCCAUCCUGUUCUUCACGGCCAGCCUGGUGCUAGGGCUGGCCCCGCUAGCGGCGCUGCUGGGCGAGCGGGCGGCGGGCGGCCUGCAGGCGGCCUGCCUGGCCGGCACCUACUGCUUGUCGGGGCUGCCGCAGGCUGUGUCCAGUGUGGCGCUGGCGGCGGGCGGGGGGCUGGACACGCACGUGCUAAUGUCGCUGGCGGUGCUGGCAACUCUGUAUCUGGGCAUGGUGCAAGAGGGUGCGCUGCUGCUGCUGCUUUUCCAGAUCUCGCACUUUCUGGAGGAGCGGUUCACGUCUCGCGCCCAGGGCUCCAUGGAGCGCCUGUGGGCCGCCAUGCCGGAGAGGGCCACGCUAGUGGCACUGGAGCCGGUGCCGGCCGGCGCCAGUGCCGCUGCCGGCAUCAAUGGCAGUAGCACCGGCAGCACUGGCGGCAGCGGCACGGGCAGUAGCAGCGGGGGCCCGGACCUGUCCAGCUGCCGGGAGGUGCUGGCGGACUCGGUGGCUGUGGGGCAGCUGGUGCUGGUGCGCGCGGGCGAGCAGCUGCCGCUGGACGGCGAGGUGGUGUGGGGCGUGGCGUCCGUGUCGCAGGCGCACAUUAGCGGGGAGAGCCAGCCGGCGCGUGUGGCGGAGGGGGCGUGGCUGCCGGCGGGCGCGCUGAGUCACGAUGGCGCCUUGGUACUGCGUGUGACGGCGCUGGCGGGGGACAGCACACCGGCGCGCAUGGCGCGGAUGGCGGCGCAAGCGCAGGCCUCCAAGCCGCAGCUGACGCGGCUGCUGGACCGGGUGGGCGCGCUGUGGAGCCGCGGCGUGGUGGCGGCCACGCUGACGGCGCUGGCGGUGCUGCUGGCGGCGGGCGUGCCGCUGCUGGAGGCGCCCGGCGGCGCGCUAUACCGGGCGCUGGGGGUGCUGGUGGCGGGCUCGCCGUGUGCAGUGGUGCUUGUGCCGCUGGCGUACGUGUGCUCCAUGGCAGCCGUCACACGCCGGGGGGUGCUGCUCAAGGGCGCCUCGGCCCUGGACGCGCUGGCGGACGUGCGCACCGUGGCGCUGGACAAGACCGGCACCAUCACCACAGGCGAGCUGCGGCUCACAGAGGCGCUGCUGCUGCCGGUGCUGCCGCCGGUGCUGCCGGGUGCAGACGGCGAGGCGGCCGCCGCCGCGCCGGCACCUGGGCAGGCCGGCGCUGCUGCUGUCGCCAGCGACGCCACGCGCACGGCUGGCUCCUUGUCCCUGAUUCCGUUGAUCAAGCAGGCAGCGGACGACGCCGCUGCCGCCGCCGCCUCAGGCGCCGGCGGUGGCCUGUCCGCUGCUUCCAGCCUUAGCACCAGCCUCAGCGCCAGCCUCGAGUCUCCGACGUCGGGCUCGGACCUGGAAGAGGCGCCGCCGCCGCCGCCGCUGGCGGAGGCGGACUGGGCCGAGCUUGCGGCGCGCUGCGCGGCGGCGCUGUCGCGAGCGUCCACACAUCCCGUGUCGCGCGCGGUGGUGUCAGCCAGCGGCCGCCUGGCUCGCGGCGUCGCGGUUUCCGGCGUCGAGGUGGUGGCGGGCUCGGGCGUGCGCGGCGUGUGCCGCCUGCGCGGCAGCGCUGGCGCCCCCGCCGCGGAGGCCGCAGCGGCGGCGGCUCCUGCCGCCGCCGCGGCUUGGGCGGCUGCUGGCCGCUCGUUUGCUGUAUCAUUCGGCUCGGCGGACUUCGCGGUUGCGGCGCUGGGCGGCGAGGGCAGCCUGGCGGCGCGGCGGCUGCGGUGGUUCCUUUCGGGCUCCAGCGGCAGCAUGAGCGUGUGCAGCAUCGACUCCAGCGGGGCGCCGGCGCCGGCGGAUGCCGCGAAGGCCAUCAGCGUGCUGGUCAUGGCGCCGGUUGUGUCGCCGCGCGGCGGCGGUGGAGGUACCGGUGCAGGCGGCGCUGCGGAGGCGGCGGGGGAGGCGCGCGUGGCGGUGUUUAGCUUCGAGGACGUGGUGCGGCCUGGUGUGGCGGAGGCGGUGGCGGCGCUGCAGGACGGCAGCUGGCGGCGCGGCGGCACGGCGGCGGGCGCGACGCCGGAGGUGGCGGCGGCCAAGCGCGUUGUCAUGCUAACAGGCGACAACCCCACUGUGGCGGCGGCUGUGGCGGCGGGUGUCGGCAUCAGCCACUUCCGCUCCGCCAUGUUGCCAGCCGACAAACUGGCGUUCGUGCAGGCGGAGCAGGCGCAGAGUGGCGCGGCGGCGGCGGCGGCCGCGGCCAAGGCGGAGGCGAAGGCGGCAGGCCGGAGCCGUGGCAGCCGUAGCGCUGACACAACCGCCAGCACCAAGGCCACCACCACUACCGUCGGCACCACCAUUGCCGCCAGCGCCAGCGCCCCUAGCGGCUCGGGCGGACACGUGUUGAUGAUGGGUGACGGCAUCAACGACGCGCCGGCACUGGCGGCGGCGCGCGUGGGCGUGGCGGUGGCGUCCUCGCCUCGCGACCUGGUGGCGGCGGCGAGCGACGUGAUCGUGCUCAACGGCCAGGGCGCGGCAGCGCUGCCGUGGCUGCUGCGCUCCGCACACAGCACCCAGGUGGUGGUACGCCAGAACCUGACGCUGGCGCUGGUAGCCAUGGCCGCGGCCACGCUGCCCACCGUGGCGGGGUUCUUCCCGCUGUGGCUGGCUGUGACGCUUCACGAAGGCUCCACGCUUGCUGUAGCACUUAACAGCCUGCGGCUGCUACUGCCCACGGAUGACGAACAGCAGCAGCAGCAGGCGGCCAGUGAGGCUGGCAACGGCGGCAGCAGGCGUGGCAGCAGUGGCGGCAUGCUCGCUGGCGCUGUGGCGGUGUGGAAGGGGCUGUGUGAGCUCAUGUCAGACGCACCGGACGGACACGGCCACAGCCACGGACAUAGCCACGGCCACGGCUGCUGCGGCGGGCACUCGCACGACCACGGCCACCGCCAUGAUCACAGCCACUCGCAUGCGCACGACCACGACCACGACCACCACCACCACCACGGCCACGACCACGGUGCGGACAAGGCGAUGGGCGUGGAUGGCAACGGCAGUGCGGCGCAUGUGGAGUGCUGCAGCCAGCACGACCACGACCACGGCCACCACCAUGAUCACAGCAACCAAGAGCUCCACGACCAUACGCAUGAUCAUGAUCACGGCCACGAGCACGGGCACGACGACCACAAGCCCGAGCACGGGCCGGACGCGGGCGAGGCCGCAGGCAGAGCCAGCCGCAGCGCCAGCACCGAGCAGGGCUUUGUGCGUGUGGCAGGUCCUCGCGACGUGUCGGCGGGCGCGGCGGUGGCGCACGGCUGCGGCGGCCUGUCCACGGCGCUGUGCUGCGGUGGCCGCGGGUGGCACGGCGGCAUACGGCUAGGACCCCUGUCGGGCGCCGGCUGCUGCGGUAUGCUUGCUGGUGCCGUUUGCGACGACGGCAGCGGCUGCGGCUUGGGCGGCGCAUCGCGCAUGCGGCGCCGGCGCGGGCGCGGGCGCCUGCUGGCGGCGGCGGCGGCGGCGGCGGCUGUGAAGCCGCCGCCCGGUGUCAUGGCGCUCUGAGUGGGUUGUGUGGCAUGAAGGUGUCGCACGUGAUCAGGUUGCCUGCACGCCACUCACGCGAUUGAGUUGCUCGCUGCGGUAAAGCAUUAGGGUGGUGCAUUGUUGUGACAUGAAACGUGUGUGCGGGAUGGAGCGAACCGGUCGGAAGGUGCUAGCCUUUGCGUUUGCCCUUCGUGGCACGAGGUGUUGUUGGCCUGGUGAACCGAAGUACGGCUUCACAAGGCCGGUUGAUACAUGAAGAUCAGAGGACAGUGGCUCGUCUGAUACGGUCCAAUAGCAGCGCUGCAGGCAGAUGAUAGGAAGACUCGUCACAUGUUUUGUUUAUCAAGUUCGCGGGGCGAAUGUGUACCAUGAGAGAUUGAGAGUAUAUGGCAUUAAGCAGAGAGACAUGUGGGCCGAACGUGGGUCCUGAUAAAGACGGGAGAAGAGGCACAGUGUGUAUGCCGGAUCGCUGUGCAGGUGGUUGGGGGUCGUAGGGUGCAGCACUGGGUGACUGGCGAAUGCUUUGUGCACAGAAAUUGGUGGUCAGGGGAGUGGCCCAUGAACCCGGGAAGGGACCGCCUGUCAUACUCGCUCACUCAGUGACGCUUUGGGCUUUGCAGCACCCUCGCCACCGGAUAGGCGCUGCGGGGCAUUAUCCCCAAAUGGCGGGCCACUCGCGGCCCUCGCUGUAAGCGCCGUGUCCUCACUCUCGCCAUGUGUUUCCGGAUAGCUGCCGCUCUUGCAGUUCUGGCGGCGGGGCUGGCACUGGCAGCUGCGGCGGCGGCGCAGGGGCGCAGGCCACGGCGGCGGCGCAGGGUCUGGCGACUGCGGCGGCGGCGGCGACACAGGGCCUGGCGGCGGCGCAGGGCCUGGGCCCAGCAGUGGCGGCGUGCAUGUGCGUAGCAGAGGGGACAGGCAAGGCCAUGUGGAGGAGAGCGCAGCGCAGCCCUAGAAGCGGUACCGGCGCGCAGGUUGAGACCUGCCGGUGUCUGGUUUGCGGUCUUUGCUGGCGAGCAUAGCGUGGCACGGUGUUUGGUACUUUGGUGUGUUGCCUGCUGGUGCUUGUGCUUGACAGCGGGACGCGGCUGACGCAUGGCGGCCGGUGCCUGUACGAACCGACCGUUACUACGUCCGGGAGAUGAGGUAGUUUCGAAACCUUCGGCCUCAGGCAUUGUUCCAGGUUGGCUUGGCGGCAUAGCCCACUUUCACCUUGAGAGGAAGAGCCAACCUUUCAUGUGGCAAGCAGGCCAUAACUUGACUAGUAGUAGUAGUAGUCCUAUAACUACAAGCCUCUAGGGCUCAGCCCCUAGCCUUACGAGCCUCGGCUCGUGAGGGAGCGCACAACAUUUUCGUUGGCGGCUUUGGCUUUCGUUACUAACUUUUUGUAGCCUUUUGCGGGCUCUGUGAGGCUUUACGACUUGGUUCCGACUUGGUUUGGAUGGCUUCGGCCUUGGGUGGGUGCGUCGCGCCCUUUCGGCAUUGCGCGUUCUGUGGCGGCUGGCCGCGUCUGGGUGGCCGGCCGCGCUCGUUCUGCUCUGUGGUCGCUUUUUGGUUUCGUGUGUGCAGGUUACGGGUGGCCCUGGUGGUCGCUCGUGGCCCGGCGCAAGCUUCGAUGUUCCGUGGUGCUCCUCGGCGCCUCUCCUCGUGCCGCCUGGCCCGCCGUCGUCUCCACCGGCGGCCUUGCUGGCUCAGCAGAUAGUUAGGUUGCGGGUGCCGUUCGUAGCAUGGCGGUUCAGGGACCGUUAGGCAGCAGAUGACGCUGGUCGGGUAGUCCCGGGUGUCGGGUUGUGAGUGCCUGGGCGGCUGUUGCCCGGGCGCCCGGGCGGCUGGUGCGCCUGUUCGCCUCCGGGCGCGCGCGUGCCUGUUUGUCGGGUCGGUCUAGUUCGCUGGUGGGGCGGGUGGAGGGCGGUGUGCCCGUGGCGAGGUGUUGUGGUGUACUGGUGGUUUGGUCAGUUUCCGGCUCGGUUUCCCUUUGUGGUGCCUCGGCACCGACGUUUCAGGACAUGGGCCUCCGGGCCAAGGCAUUGCGCGUCUGUGACGCCGUCGAGAAAAUGUGUGGUGCUUGCGUUUGAUGGGGAUGUCGGCAGACCUCUGGCCUGUCGCGCCUUGUUGUGCGUUGGUGCUGCCGCCAAAAGACCUAAACGAGAUGAGGGGUGUUACGUGGCGGUGGGGCUUUGGCGGGCUUCGGCUUGGCUUCGACUCAUGUGCGUAACACUAUGAAGGUC